UGGCAGUGCGCAUACAACAGAAACUGACUUUGAAUGGGCAAGGCUGAAUCUUCUGGCAGGAAAUAGCCAACAGAGCAUGCAUCCAUCCUUAGACGGGGGAUUAUUAAGUUAUUACAAAGCAAAAAGAGGGAGUUUCGCUGGAACAGCACAACCAACUGAAUUUUGGGAAAUUAUUCCGGGGCCCGCUGGACCAGGCUUUUGCAGCGCAUGUAGAGGGAGGGGAAGAGUGUUUGUGGUGGUGGGGGGAAUGGGUGAGUGGCUGAGUGAGAGAGUGAGAGAGUGAGAGAGCACAGGAUCCAGGCCUAGUAAGUGUUGCCGCUGGGACUCGCCUCAUCCGCUCUCAAAAAUCUGGAAAUUGGCCCAUUUAAACGCCAAAAUGAGCAGGCCGGGGGUCAUUUUUGCGCUGGGCCACACCGGAAUGGGGCGGAUCAUGCCAGUAUGAGUGGGCCUUACAAAGGGCCUGAAAGGAAGACCCAUCAGUCCAGCUGCCCUCUGACCCCGGCUGGCGACCUGUCUGGCCUCUCCAGACCGAGCAACCCUGGUAUUGGUCUAACCAUGUCUACCACCACCUCCUCCCUCAAACACACUUCUGUCUAUGGUUACAUACAAACGGACCACUCGUCAUCCUCUUCCUCUUCUUCAUACAGUCCUCUAAGGAGGCUGCAGCACCUCACCAAGAUGGUGAGCCAACCUGACCUCGUCCUGCCAACGAGGGAACCCGAGAGGAGCUGGGAGUGGGGGCUGAAUAAGAAGGAUAAGGGGAGAAAGGAGAAGGACUCCUGGGCUGAUUACAGAGAUUAUUCUGUCUCCCAGAUUGCAAAAAGAGAAGAAAGCAUUAACGGCUCUUCUUCUGGGAAAAAACAAACAGAGGUCCAUUGUCAAAGUAAGAACUUGCCUUCAGUCAGUUGUAAUGAAUCAGCUGUUUCUGAGAUAAAUGCAGAAAAUUCUCUAUCAGGCCCACCUAGCCCAGCAUUUUCUCUCGACAGCAACAGCCCUUUUGCCAACGGCUUACUCCACUUUGAGUCCACUUUGUUUGAGGCAGACAACAACAAUGAAGAGCAAGAAACUGCAACGCCUAUUGGAGGUUUGCUGGAUAAACACGACAAAUCAGAGACUUGUUCUCAGCUCUCUCCUAGAAAUGAACAUUUGAACUCAAAGGACACGGCCCAGCCAGCACCUAAGGUGGUCACACGGUCCCAGUCCUCGGGUCAGCGCAGGAGAUACUGGGAUGGCUCGGAAGACGAGUGGGACAGCGACUCAGAGCUGUUCCUCUUUGAUGACAGUCCUGCAUGGCAUAUGGUGCAGCCGAACAACCUGAAGAAAAAGCCUUUGCCUCCUGUGAAAUUUCUUGAGGGCGAAGUCAUAUGGGCAAAGUUCAACCGAAGACCAUGGUGGCCCUGUGAAGUGGUUGUCGACCCCUCACUGGGAGUCUAUCACAAAAUGAAAGAGCCCAGUGACAGGCCUAGUCGGCUCUACCAUGUCCGGACCUUUGGGGAGCCAAAGGAGCUUGUAUGGGUGGAGGAAAAAUCAACUCACACUUUCCAUGGAGGCUUUGAAUUUGACCAACUGCUUUUGCGCCGAAGAAACAAGCAAAGAGAGCAGAACAACAAAAACACUAUUGCUAAGCGUUUUCAGCUUUCCUGGAAAUUCAGUGUGGCAGAGGCUGAAUCUGUACUGUCUGGGCGAUCCAAGAUGACUUCCUCCUUGGCGUCAUCCAAAGACCAAGCGUUUUCCUGUAGUUCCCCACCAGAGGUUCAGAAGAAGCCCCAUUCAGCCAUUCCUUCGCCCACUUUACUGGUUCCCACUGUUUCGGAACCAUUGCACUUAACAAAUGGAUCCACUUCAUCUACAGUAAUGACUCAAACAAAAUCAAGCACUUUAAAGAAAACUUCUAGCAAGAAGAAGCAAAGCAAAUCCCUUAAGGACAUUGGGAGUAAAAACUCUAAAAAGACGUUGCAUUGUAGUCUUGAACAAUCUCAUGGAGAUAACAGAGAGUGUCCAUACUCUGAUCUUGACUCAGUCCCUAAAAUUUUGUGUCCUAAAGCACUUGAACAUCAGCCCAAGCUACUUCCUUCUCAAAAGUCUGUAUCAGUAGUGAAACAACUAAAGAAACAGCCCGAGGUCCAGACUGGUCUUUGGUUUACUAAAUCAGGUAAAGACAGGCGACCUAAAACUACCAGUGCAGUCCCAGACCGUUCUCUCUUUAGUAAGGGUCACCGUAAGAAAAAACACUCAUCCACGGUUAGUAAGAAGGCACACGUUCCUUCUGCCUCACUAAUUGGCGGGGGUUCCAAUGACCUGGUUGCAUUGAUAGACAAGAAUAAGCCAACAGAUAAUGCUCCAGUACUUGAACAGUCAGUACCCGAGAAAUGUAGAAGUAGUGAGUCUAACUCUACUGGAGGAGGUGGCAGUUCUGUUGAGCAGUCAGGAUGUUGGAAUACACAAAAGACCCAGUUGUCAACUGACAAUGCUUGCUCCAAAGGUAAACGGUCUUCUCAGGACAUUACAAACCCUUCGAGCAGUUCAUCCGAUAGCCCAGAUGUUAAAAGAGACUUGCAUCCCUCAAAGAAAGUCAGGUUGAAUGACCACUCAGGUUCUUUAAAGAGUGUAAAGUGUGUAAAUCGAACUGAACUUUCUGUCGUAAUAGCUACUAAACAACUUAAUAUAACUGAAAAACCUGAACAGGAGAAAGAAAGCAAGAAGACUUUGGUGUCGUGUUUAGAAGUUGAAACAAACGAUUCAGUCUCAGGAUUAGAAAAGCAAACAAAUCUAGUCUCUAAAUGUAGACUGCCCUUUGUGAAACUGAUACGAAAGGAGAUAGAAGAUAAUAAUUAUCUAAACUCAAAUGUGACAGUUUGUCCCAAUGACACAAGUGAAUGCAAAACGAAAGAGAAUACAUCAGACACUAAUGUGAAUAAAGCAUCCACUAAUAAAUCAGACUCAAUAGGCAGCAAAGUAAGUGCCUCCACAGAUCAAACUGCACCUUCAAAAUCCAGUAAGGUCUCAGUCAAGAAGUUAAAAGCUAAGAAUGAGUCUGGCCUACUCCAUCUUUCAUCGGAAUCACCACCUGGCAAUAAUGCUCUGGCUUCCAUGAAAUCUUCUGACGAGUUUACUAGCCCAGUGGAACAGAUACCAGUGUCAGAUGUUAGCCCAAUAAGUAUGGCCACUUUAUCAUCUAACGUAUCUAACCGAUCAGAAUAUAAAAAAAUUUCUGUCUGCAAUCAAACAAAGACAUCCUCUAACCAGUCGGACAGUACAGAGGAAAACCUUUCAACUAUUAAAGCUGCAGCUUCUCCAACUAGAAAUUCACACAUCACUCAAGGUCUGUCUCCUCCAAAAUCCAAAAAUGCUGUUCACAGACUAAAGCGAGCUAAAGAAGUUAAGAAAGUCCUAAAAGAGCACCCUGCCCAUCUUCCAGCCAGCAAUCGACUGAUGACCAGAGCACUUAAAGCCUUGCAAGAGGUAGACCAGAAGAAGUGUAAAAAAGUCCAAGACCAAGAGAUUGAACAAAAUAAGUUGUUAAACCCUUUGGAAAAAGUUGAGGAUCUCAUCUGGAACCCUGAGCCUAAACUUGAUAGUUGCACUAAUAUAAAACUUCACAAAUCUACUCACAUUGACAAUAGUGAAUGUGAUCAAGGCACCUUUUCUAGAUGUAGCUCACCUUCUUUGGUGUUCUCUGAUUCAGAUGAUUUUGAAGGUGAUGUUAAAAGUGAAGAUGAAGACCUUUCAGUUUCUUCAACUCCCCCAAUGGACUUCAUACCCCUUACUUCUAGGGUAAAAGCAAAGCACGAAGAUCAGUCCUCUGCAAUACAAUCUUCAUCACCCCCCUCACCAUUUUCUUUCAUGAAAGAAUUUAAUAAUGUAAAGGAGGUUUCCUUUCAGUCCUUAGCAAAUGGUAGCAAUGGGAAACCAGUCUCUUUCAAGCCAGACUCAAAAUACAAGUUUAGCACUUUUCUUAUGAUGUUAAAGGACUUGCAUGACACUAGAGAGCGAGAAGGUGCACCCCUAGAGUUAGAGAUUGGGCCACCCAGUGCGCAUGUGAAAGAGGAGCCCUUGGUGAUACCACACAAGGCUCCACUGGAAAGACAUGAUCAGAAAAUUGAAUGUGUUCUUAGCAAUACUGAUCCAAUCCCAGACAAACAUGUGAUUGCACAAAAUGGGCGUGGUACAGGUCAGAAACCCAAGAGGACCUAUAACAGAAGGGGCAGCACCCAUUGGCUGAAAAGGAAAACCAAUCGCACCAAUCAUUCUGCCAGGUCUGGACCUGGUUUUCCAGGACUUGGGUCAAGAACAGUUUCCUGGCCAAUAGGGGACCUCUCAUCAAAAAUGCUGGAUGUACAAAGCAGCAGCAGCUGGGAGAGCCAGGUUGGUUGUAGGCUGGGUGGGCAAGAGGAGGAGCAGGAGAGGUGGAAAAUAUUGAAGGGCAGUCAUCAGAUUACUAUGCCUUUGGAAAGGAGGGGGGCUCCAACACUCACCCUGGAGCAGUCAACCAGCCUUGUUGGAAGUGAGAAAGACUUGAUUCAUGAAGCUGGGAAACAAGACAAGGCUUCAGCAGAACAUAAACGAAUACGAAAACCCAGCAAGAGACUGCUUGAAUGGACUGAGGAGAACAACCAAAUUUGCUCCACAAGAAAGAAACCAAAAAAGCCUCUCCAGUUGAUUGGAAAGGCCAAUGAAUCUGUUACUUCUCUGUCUGAGCUUUCGCAAUUGGACAAGAACAUACCUGACAGCUCGUCUUCCUCCUUACUUCCUGAAAUAUUAACGCCACCCCCUGAAGAAUUCGCUCCGAGGACGCCUUCAGAACUUCAGAUUCCCAAAGCAGAACACCUGUCAACCCAAGAGAUUCCAGUGCUUUCCAUAGACUCCUUAACUCCUCCUCCUGAAGCUGAACCCUUGCUGUCAGAAGGCCUCGUCAAAGACAACAAAGUUGCUCCUGUGCUUGAAAAGAAGAGGAAGAGGAAGCCCACUCAGAAGAUCCUGGAGUACUGUUUGGACACCGAGGUAUCUACAGUCCCAAAGAAGAAGAUGAAACCAAUGAAGACAAAUUCAAACGCCGCACCUCAACCAGAUUCUGCUCCACCAUCUUCUAAAUCCAAGAUCAAACCACAUCCAGCCUCCACACCAGUCUCUGAGGUCACCACCUGCACACCCGUUACCCCAAUUCAGACUGAAAGCCCUCCCGAACCUCCUGCUCCGGAGUCAGAACUGCCUGAACCUGAACAGGUGGAGACGGCACCAGCAGAUGUCUCUCAGUCUGAUGACAACAGCAUUCAGGAGGACACAAGGGACUCAGUGGAGUCAGAGGAUGACAAGUUUGGGCUGGAGCACAGGUUCUCCUCCAUGAAGGACGACCUGUUGCUGUGUGACGAGUCAGUUUUACCUGCGAGGAAGAUCAUAGGUGACCGUGGAGGGCCAGCAUCCAUGAAGGAGAAUGUGUGUCAGGUGUGCGAGAAGACAGGGGAGCUGCUGCUUUGCGAGGGUCAGUGUUGUGGAGCUUUCCACCUGCCCUGCAUCUCUCUGGCCGAGGCACCUAAAAGGAAGUUUGUCUGCCCAGAGUGUAAAUCAGGAGUCCACACCUGCUUUGUGUGUAAAAAGCGCAGCGAAGAUGUGCGCCGCUGCAUGAUUCCUGUUUGUGGGAAGUUUUACCAUGGAGAGUGUAUCGCUAACUACGCCCCGACCGCACCGGUGAACCGAAGUUUCCGCUGCUCCAUCCACGUCUGCCUCACCUGCUUCAUCGCCAGCCCCAACAGUUCGUCCAUCUCCAAAGGCCGUCUGGUACGAUGCGUUCGCUGCCCGGUGGCCUAUCACGCCACCGACCUGUGCAUGGCAGCGGGCAGCGUUGUGCUUUCCAACAACAGCAUCAUCUGCCCAAACCAUUUCACCCCCCGCCGAGGCGUCAAGAACCACGAACAUGUCAACGUCAGCUGGUGCUUUGUCUGCACUGAAGGAGGAAGCCUUCUGUGCUGCGAGUCCUGUCCAGCUGCAUUUCACAGAGAAUGUCUGAACAUUGAGAUGCCCAAAGGCAGCUGGUACUGCAACGACUGCAAGGCCGGGAAAAAACCUCAUUACAAGGACAUCCUGUGGGUGAAAGUCGGCCGCUACAGGUGGUGGCCGGCAGAGGUUAGCCAUCCCAAAACCAUCCCAGAGAACAUCCAGCGGAUGAGGCACGAUGUUGGGGAGUUCCCAGUCCACUUCUUUGGCUCCAAUGACUACCUUUGGACCUACCAGGCCAGGGUGUUCCCAUACAUGGAUGUCGAUGCAAACAGCAAAGAAAAGAUGGGAAAAGGUGUUGAUGCAACAUACAGGAAAGCUUUGGAGGAGGCAGCUGCGCGAUUCCGUGAGCUACAGGCAGAAAAGGAGCUUCGGCAGCUUCAGGAAGACAAGAAGAAUGAUAGAAAACCACCACCAUACAAACACAUUAAGGUGAAUCGUCCGAUAGGAAAAGUUCAGAUCUUUACUGCUGACCUAUCAGAGAUCCCACGCUGCAACUGCAAGGAAACAGACGAAAGUCCGUGCGGGAUGGACUCUGAGUGCAUCAACCGCAUGUUGCUCUAUGAAUGCCACCCACAGGUUUGCCCGGCUGGCGAGAAAUGCCUUAACCAAGCGUUCACCAAGCGUCAGUACAGCCAGGUGGAGAUCUUCAGGACACUUUCUCGAGGUUGGGGGCUCCGCUGUGUCCACGAUAUCAAAAAGGGUCAGUUUGUGACUGAGUAUGUCGGGGAGGUGAUUGAUGAGGAGGAGUGCCGGUCGAGGAUCAGACACGCACAGGAGAACGACAUCUGUAACUUCUACAUGUUAACUCUAGACAAGGACAGAAUAAUUGAUGCUGGGCCAAAGGGGAAUGAGGCUCGCUUCAUGAACCACAGCUGCCAGCCGAACUGCGAGACGCAGAAGUGGACCGUUAGCGGGGACACUCGGGUGGGACUGUUUGCUCUGGUCGACAUCACUGCAGGCACAGAACUCACCUUCAACUACAACCUGGAGUGCUUGGGGAACGGGAAGACGGUGUGUAAAUGCGGAUCACCAAACUGCAGCGGCUUCCUGGGCGUAAGGCCAAAGAACAACCCUCCAUCCGAAGACAAGGGCCGCAAGCUGAGGAGGAGAGGCUAUGGCAGGAAGAAGAAGAAGGUGGUGUUGACCAAAGAAAGAGAGGACGAGUGUUUCAGCUGUGGAGACGGAGGACAGAUGGUUUCCUGCAAGAAGCCAGGAUGUCCCAAAGUAUACCAUGCAGACUGCUUAAACCUCACCAAGAGGCCUGCAGGUCGCUGGGAAUGUCCAUGGCAUCAGUGCGACAUAUGUGGGAAGGAGGCAGCGUCCUUCUGCGAGAUGUGUCCCAGUUCUUACUGUUCCCAACACCGUGAUGGGCUGCUCUUCAUCUCCAAACUGGAUGGGAAGCUGUGCUGCAGUGAGCACGACCCCUGUGGUCCGGAGCCGCUAGAGCCGGGGGAGAUCCGAGAGUAUCAUCCUGAACCGGGACCCCUCACCUCGGGGUUGGGCAUGGCCGUCAUCCCCUCCAAUGCUCCCAAAACCUCCGGACGUCUCACCCGGACCAGCUGCAGCAGCAGGAGCGUGAAGGAGGUCAGUGACGAGAGCAGCAGUCCAGAAACGUCGCCUUCAUUUUCCAUCCCAGUGCCCAUCACCAUCCCUGUCGCCGGUCCCGGAUCCUCUCCGUCUCACAAAAGCUCCGACGGUCCCAGCAGCCCGCAUGUAUUCGACCUCCCCCACUACUCACCCAUAUCCUCAUAUGAAGAGGAGAGGGACGUCCUGGAGGAGGAUGAGGGGGAGCUGCUGGCAGAGGAGGAGGAGUUAGUGGAAGAAGGGGAAGGAAGCAGGCAUAAGUGGGACUCUCAGGAGGACGAGGACGUUGGACUUGAAUACCUGGAGCUCAAAGACGGAGAGGACGACGACGAGGAUGAUUGAUGGGCACACAAAGAGUUAUUUGUAUUUAUAACUCUGAGUCACUACAGCGAGACAGCACUUGAAACUUAAUGAUCUUUUGGGUGAUUUAGGGGUCUUAGGAGAAAAUAAAAUCAUAAAAGCAUAAAUAAAUUGUGAAUCUAUAAAUUAAGAAGUCAAAAACAUAAAUUCUAUAUAGAUUUCUAAAGAAAUUAACAUAUAUCCAUCAUGCUCACAGUUUAUUUAUGUUACGUUUUGUCCUAAUAAUCAGUCUCUUACCUCAUCAUCACAGACUUGCACCUUCAUAUGGGAGUGCUCUAGAAAAACACAUUUAAUUAAACUGAUUAUGAUUUUUCAUCAAGACCAUCUGCUGCUUUUUAUCCUCGUUUGAGGAUUUUAGGUUUCAUAAACAUCAGACAGUUGACCUCUUCGAUAAUCAGCUUGUACAGACUAGAUUCACAGCUGCUCCCGGUUUGGGACUUUGAGGUUACCAUUAACUUACACUUAGACUGUUUGCAUCCGUUUUUUAAGUUGUAGAGGAAUAUUUUAUCUCUUCAACAUCGCUUCACGUCUCUGCUGGACCCAAAUCUCAUCCUUGUGGAGUUCUAGUGAUAUUUAACUGGACUUUACUGCUGCCAAAACGUCCAGAAAGGAGAUCCCGUUAUGGAUUUGGAACACUGGAGUCUUUAUGUCCAUAAAAUCCCCUUCGUUUGCCACUCAUGUUGUCUGUUGGUGCUUCAUGAUGAAGUGGAAGUAUACCAGAUGAUCGGCUGCCAGCCAGAACCGUGCUGGCUUUGACAUUGUUGGCCUUGACUGCUUAAAAAUAAUCAUGUAUGAAGUUGAUUUAAUUAAAUUUUUAAUAGAUUUAUAUCUGUCAAACUGUAUUUGACCAUUUCAUGCCAAAAAUACAUAACCAAGGACUCGAAUUCAAUGUUGUCAAUGAGUCUUGAAAUUUCAUGUAAGAAUACAAUGACUUGCAAAGUAUUUAUACCUCUUGAACUUUUACACAUUUUAUCAUUUCACAACCACAAACCUCAGUUUAUUUUAUUAGGAUUUUAAGUGAUAACCCAACACAACUUAGUGGAUGAUUUUGAAGCUCAGGGACAAUGAUAAAUGGGUUUGAAAAUGCUUAAUAACUAUCUUAAAAGUGUAGCAUGCAUUUGUAUUUGGGCAGUACUGUGCAGAACAUUUGGCUGUGACUGCAGCUACAUUUCUUAUUUUGGUAUCUCUUCUAGGUAAAAGCAUCAGCUUUAGAUUUCUUUACCACUGAGUUGUUUGCUGUUUUUCUUGUUCUCUAAUUCAGUUCAAGUUGAGACACAACUUUUUAAUAUAAAAGGGAAAUUAGAUGUAGUAACUCUAACAAUCCAAGUUUUUUCAAAGAGUCAUUAUAGAUGCUUAUAGCUGUGGGCAGAAAGUAUCUGCUGUAGCUGUCUGUGUUGCAGCUAAUCUGAUGAGGCCUCUGGGAUGUUAAAUAUGAUUUUCAUUUUAUGAAUAAUAAUUGUUCUCUAACAAACUUCAGAGACCUUUGCAGAACAGAUGUAUUUAUAAUGAUAUUAAAUUACACAUGGUCUCUUCUAAGGGCAGCUGAUUGCGCUGGGUUAUGUUCAGUGAUGUACAAUAAAUGGGGCUGAAGAUACAUGCAUGCCACACUUUUCAGAUUUCUAUAUGUAAAAAAAAAAAACGUUAAAUUAUGUAUCCUUUUCCUUCCACUUUAAAAUUGUGUGCUACUUUGUGUUGCUCAAUCACAAAACAUCCUCAAAAUACUAAAACACAUGGAUUGGUGGUUGUAAUGUGAAAAAAUGCAAAUAAAAGCUUUUGCGAGGCAUUGUGUGUGGCUGGACUGAAAGCAGAGGUUUAAGAAAUAGUUGCUCUGGUGUGUACAUGGUGCUUUGAAGUCAUUAUUUAAUCGCUGUUCUGUGACGCACAAACGACGACGGGGGAGAGCCGAGGUGUUGGCUCUUCCUCCUCUUGUUCUUGAAUUUCCACUGAAAUGGAAGCUGGAAUUUCAGAUUGAAAGUGAGAGGUCCUAAUUCAGACCCCUGCUUGUGUUCCUGCCACGAGUUUCGUUCGGUCUUCAAGCUUAAUAUUGUGUGUGUCAUCUGCUAAUGCCUUAGAGUGUAUUUUGUCUGAGAUAUUUUUAAGGAAUGGUUUUGCAUCUGUGAGAGUCACAUCUCCCUACAAAUGCCUUUUUACAGUUGCCCAACAAGUUAUGUUUCAUUCCAGUGUAAUUCUGACCUGUUAGAGCUCAACAACUGACCUGUUAAAACAAACUGCUAUAUAAACCUAUAAAAAGAAAGUUAUUAAAUUAAA